AUGACCGAUAUUGAUAACCCUGUAUUCGAACAACGUCAUUCUGAUCCGAGUGAAUUAAAACAUACUGACACGGAAAAUAAUGAGCAAACUCAGUCUUACGAAAAAGUAGCACCAAAAACUGCUGUUGAAAAUUCGACACACAAUUCCGUCGAGAAUGCAGUUACUGAAGAGUCCGUAAACGGUUAUACUAAAAACGAAGAAAGGGAAGAAAAAGAAGAUCCACCUUCUCCCCCCAAGGAACAAACUUCAACAGAUAAAUCGACAGAGAAAAUUAAGGAUGUUAUUGAAAAGGUUAACACAACGACAAAGAAAAGAAAAGUUGCUACAAACCCAUUUGUUCGCAUAACUCCCACAGGCGCUUUGUCCUUUAUUUUCUUUACCUCUUACUUUUCAUUGCUCGACGCUUUAUGCUAUUUGACGUUUUACUCGUUACUUUUCAAUUUGUUGCAUGUUCUUUCAAGAGAGCAAUUGCAAAAGUUUUUGAAAAACGAUGUUGUUAACCCAUUCGAAAAGUUCUUGAGCGAGACACCUGUUUAUAUUGAUCGUACUACUGCCGACAAAUAUAUUAACAUUUGUAUCAAUGGCAUCAACUACUUGCUGUUGGAAGGCCAACAAAUCGCUUUAAUCGAUGAUCCGAUGAGAUCUUUUAAGGCCUAUUUGUGUAAUAAGACUUUGGUUGAUCAACAAUUGGAACAUAUACUUAAAAUUGUAUAUGAUUAUUGGGAUCGCUUUGUUGGCCUUGCUAAACACCAUACAAAGGGUUAUUUCGAUAAAGUUCAACCUUUAAUGGCUGGCACAGGUUUGUUUCCCAAUAAUAAGACCACUGAAGAACCUAAAGAAGAAUAA